UAUAAUGCGCCGGUUCUAUAUACCAGACGAUUCGUCUCGAUCAAACAUUUACAAAAGCCUUGCAGAGAUAAUACAGAUGUCAAAACCUUUACCCACAGGUGUCGCUUUACGAAUCACAUACCAGAUUGCACAGACUCUCCAUGUUCUUCACAGCAGCUCCCUGAUGAUGGGAAAGAUUGAGGAAAAUUCCAUAUUUAUUCAGCUUACUGACAACAAGGUAAUCGGGAAUGUUCAACUACAUCAGGAACCUAUUCUUUGUAGACAAGAUAUAGAUACAUGUAUUGACAUGUAUAAGUUCGGAGCACUUCUUCGCAGACUUAUGCGUAUUUGCAAAACCUACGAAUCAUAAUACUCAUAAACGAGGGUAAAAGAGAUCACAAAGAAAUUCUGUAUGCCUUUGGAUCCGAUUAUCAUACAGAAAAUAUUUCUCCAUAUUUUGAUGUUUGAUUCUCUUCUUAUUGUUUGUGCGCAAUAGAAUAGAAUAGAAAAAUCAUAAACAAUUGUUUGUGCAACUAUUAGAUCGUUCUUGCACUGACUAAUUACUUCUGACAAGCGGUUACUGGCUUCGACAAGAAGUGGCUUUUUAUUGAACAUGUAUGUCCCAUCUUAUUACAUAUAUCAGCCGUGUCACGACAAAACCAACAUAAAGUACAGAGUAACAAUGAUCGGCAUACUUAGACUCACCUUGUCACGACAAAACCAACAUAAAGUAAAGAGUAACAAUAAUCGGCAUACUUAGACUCACCAGUGUUUAAGGUUUUAACAUGUAAUUCAAAGAAACAAAAAGAAAAA